AUUUACAAAUUCUUCAACAGUUUUCAAAAUAUAUUGGAGGAUUCUCCAUAUCUUCUUUUUCAUUGAAAAAUGUGAAUCACUUUAUGGCUAUUCCGCAUGGAUACGCACUGCGCGUAACGCACGACUGGUCUCUCUCUCUCUUCCGUUACCUUGUGCCCGCCGCUGUACCGUCGACUGGAGACGCCGACCAGGAAGCCGACGCCGCCAUCUUCCUCGUUCUCCGCCGCUAUUUCCGUCCGCGCAUCGCCGAAGGAGAGGAGCAACCGUCCGUUCUCUCGCUCGUCUCCGCCGACCAGGGCAGCGCCGCGACUCGCCGUCGACUUCAGGAGUUCCGGCGACAUUCUCCUCUUUUUCCUCCGUCGCGUGCAGCAGGCCGGCGAUACCAGGGAGGAGUUGCAGCGGCGAGUCCUUCCCAAUCCAAGGUUGAAUUCAUCAAAUUUCGAGGUAGGAACACAGAUUUGGAUGGGCAACCCGGAGGGCAGUGAAGUGGUGGUGUGGCGUGGAUGGCUCUUGUUUACUUUAAUAAUUAAAGUACAUUAUUUUAUUUGAUUAUAUGGACUGUUGGUCAUUACUUUGGUUUUCUUAUGCUUCCGCGACAUUUGGAUUUAUUUAAUCACUCCAAUGAACUAUGGUUUCGUUU